AUGGCCAUUGGGGAGAUCGUUUUGGGUUGCUUCUUUCAGACCUUGUUUGACAAGUUGAGUUCUUUGGCAUCAGACUAUGUGCAACGGGAAGGAAUUGACACCACCAUCCUUGAUGAUUGGAAGAGGAUACUAGUCACAAACAAUGCAGUGGUGGAUGAUGCAGAGGAAAAGCAACUUAGCGGUAAUUGUCUAGUGAAGCUGUGGCUCGAUGAUGUUAGGGACUUGGCCUUUGACAUAGAAGACUUGCUCGAUGAGUUCGACAUCAAAGCCACUCAAGUUAAGUUGGAGGUAGAAUCCAGAACAAGUAGAGGUCAAUGGAAAAGGAAGUUCUUUUCUUUUACACGACCGGGCUCACUCGUGUCUGACACUAAGGUCCAAGAUAUCAAUGGUAGGUUUGAAGCGAUUGUCAAAAGGAGGGAUUAUCUAAGUUUGAGAGACAAUGUUGUGGAUAGAUCCAACUACGGCAACAAAAGGGAUCCCACUAGUUCUCUGCCGGAGCCUCGGUUUGUCGGCAGGGAGAAGGAAGAAAUGGAGAUACUCCAACUAUUGAUCCGUGAGGUCAAAAAUUCUGAUGCCACACUAAGCAUAGUCCCCAUAGUUGGGAUGGGCGGUGUUGGAAAGACGGCCUUGGCUCAGCGGCUAUAUAAUGAUGCCAAAGUGAAUAGUUGUUUUGAGAAGAAAGCAUGGUCGAUCACUAGGUCGUCCGAUGAUGACAAAGAUCUUAACAAGCUUCAAGUUAAGUUGAAGGAUAAUCUAGCUGGGAAGAAGUUUCUUGUGGUUUUAGAUGAUAUAUGGAAUGAGAAGUAUGAAAAAUGGACCGCCCUCUUAAAGCCAUUUGAAGCGGGGCUAGCGGAAGCAAGAUCAUCAUCACGACUCGCAACCUUAAUGUUGCUUCCAUAA